AUGACCAGCAUCGACAGCCUUAUAGAGAAGGCAACCGAUGCUACGCUUACCACCGACAACUGGCAAUAUAUUCUUGACGUUACGGAUGCCAUUUCCGCCAAUCCCGAAUCAGGCACGAAGGAAGCGAUGGCCUCUCUUACAGCAAGGUUGAAUCAGAAAGAUGCCAACGUUGUUCUCCGGUCAUUGGCACUUAUGGUAGCAAUGGGUGAAAACUGUGGGAGUCGUAUGAAACAGGAAUUAGCUUCCAAACGGUUUUUGGACGAUUGCCUCCUCAGAAAGCUUGGGGAUCGCAAGACUCACCGCACCAUCAAGGUGGCCGUUGCCGCAGCAAUUGGUCAGCUCAAUCAGCUGUUCCGACUGGAUCCAAGUCUUAGACCCAUGGCAGACGCAUACGCUCAAAUCCAACGGCAAUUUCCUCAGUAUUUGAACGACAAUCUGAGUGUAGGGCUGACGUUUGCGCCUGCUCCAUCGAAGCCAGCCAAGCAGCAAAUGACUCCAGCAGAUAAGCAAAGAGAAGAUGAUGAAUUGCAAAGGGCUCUCAAGGUAUCACUCCAAGAAUAUGAGCGUGAGCAAACUAUGGCGAAGAUCAAGCAGCAAGAGAAACAACAACAGACUUGGGAAAAGCAGCAUCAACCUCAACAAAAGGGACAAGUUCCGGCGGCCCAACCAUCUGGUCUGGAUCCAGCCUCGAUCGCCACUGUUUCCAAGGUCAGAGCUCUCUACGACCUCAUUAGCUACGAACCUGACGAAUUGUCAUUUCGUAAAGGUGAUGUCAUCACUGUGAUUGAAAGUGUAUAUCGUGAUUGGUGGAGGGGUUUUUUGCCGAAUGGAACCAUCGGUAUAUUCCCUUUGAACUACGUUACCCCUAUUGUGAGAAAGUCUCCCGAGGAGUUGAAGAAAGAGGAGGCGAUUGAGCAGCGUAUUUUGGAACGGGAAUCUAACAAAGUUGAUCGUCUCAUGGCUCUAUUACUGAGUCCCAAUGCCGACGAAAAUGAAGUGACAGCAUUGUAUAAUGAGAUUGUACCCUUACGUCCUCAGGUGGGAAAGUUUAUCGACAAGUAUGGAGGCCGCAAGGAGGAAUUGAUGCAGUUGCACACUCUGGUUAACAAGGAACUCAAAGAGUACAAUGAAUUGGUGGACCAGCAAAUCGCUGCGAAGAGGGACCAAUAUACGCAACCCUCCCACAAUCCAGCGUAUACUGGUUUUCAACAGCCAUCGCAAAGCACUGGACAAUACGGACAGUCUUCUCAAGGGGGAUAUCAACCAACCGGACAGGGCUACGCUACUCCUGGUGAGUUUCUGCAGUAUAAGCCAACCGGCAACUAUCCCUAUCAGGCAAGUCAACCAACUCAAAAUCAAUACCAGAGCUACCAAGGAGCUGAUGCUGGACAAUUCCAAGGGUAUAAGCCGACAGCUAAUCCUCCCGGUCAGCAAGUUACGGGACCUCCCCCUACUCUGUUUCAAAAUUAUCGGCCAACGGGGAAUCCACAGGAAACAAUGCCGGCACUGUUCCAAAACUACAAACCUACGGGGAGCGCACAAGAAACUGGUCCAGUUCAAAACCAGUUUCAAAACUAUAAGCCCACGGGUGGUUACGGAGGACUGCCCUAUGAGCCCGAUUUUUCAAGUCGAGACAUGCCCAUGACGCUGUUUACUACAGGCACGUCACUCCAUUCCAACGGCUCACAAUAUUCCCAGCCCUACUAUACCCAACUGAAAGAGUAUUUGCAACAACAACCAACUAGCGCAGGUUUUGGCAACUCUCCUGCAUAA